AUGUCGUCCUCAGCGUCUCCACGUUUAUGGCAAAGGUUGGUGCAUACUGGCCGAACAUGGAGAACAGACCCGAAUUCGAUGAGAAUGGAAGCUGCCGCUGUUGCCCUAGUCGUGUUUUUCGUGGCUAGGAACAGACGGAAGGAUAUACAAUGCGCUAGGGAUGCUCUGGGGCCUUAUGGUGCGAGAUUCGAUUGGAACGAUUGGAGCCUUAGAAAUCGUUUCCGUAUAUGCGCGUCUCUAGAUGGCGGUGGUGCGCGGACAGCAACCUUUUCAUUGCCUGUCGCGAGGAUGAAGGGGAUGCGGGAUUCUGAAGAUGAAGAAGAACUAGUGCAUGGUUCCUUAACCGUGCAUGCUCAUGAAGAACUGGUGCCCAUUGAUGCGCGAACCUUCUACCUGAACGGUCAGGAGAAAGCGGGUUGUAGAGUGGUGGCUUUGAUUAUGAACUACUCGAAAACUGAAAAUAUCCGAGUUACCGACUGAAAUAUGGGCGGUAGUUUUGACGGGGCUACUCUUCCUCGUUCAGUAUCUCGCUUAUUUUCAGUAGUUAUUCGCGUAUUUCAGUUUUUCGAAUAGGUGGCUCGUGUGUAGAAGCAUUUUUUUCCGUUCUUUCGUUGUCAAGCAUAUAGGUAAGCCGUAAGUAAAGUUUGUAGUCCCUCUACGGCUACGCUAAUCCGCUUGAGAAGGCAGGUAAAAGGACGGCGGACACCCUCCUAAUCCUAAUCCUAGGCAUUGCACCAAUGGAAUCAAGUACACACAUUUUUCGGAGUUUAUGUCUAGUAUUAUACCUAGACCUAGUACAAUUAGCUGUGUCCUCUAACACCUAAAAAAGUCUUCAAGACGCCUGGUCACCGUCGACCUGGUACUCUACGCCUAGGCAAAUAUCAGAGUUUAUCUUCGGCGAAGGACCGAGGCCAGCUCAGUUUUUGGUGGCACAGUGGAGAGUCACAAAAUGUGCCUUUGUUAACGAGCAAGUAGGUUUACGGUCAGCUUUUCUCCAUCUUUCUCGGCAACGCGAUACCCGUUUCCCUUGUAUUUCAUGGGAAAGGGGUCGAGAUGAGGGGGCCGGGAUGGAUUAAAGCUGGCGCUAAGAGGUGUGGAGUAUGACUUUGUGCCUAGGACUGCUAGGAGUGGAAAAAGUUCAGAAGCUUCACAUGGAGGGUUGCAGUUGGUUGCGCAACGUGAACGUGAAGAAGAUCGUGGAACUAGACUGCUGUCAGAAGUUUCACCGAUGACGAAUACUACAGCUGAUACACUCAGUAAAGGACCUUCUGAACAACAGCGCCGUCGUCGGUUACCAUUCGUGUGGAAUGGUAUGUUUGCUUUGAUUUUCGGCGCCUCUAUCGCAAGAGUAUCGCUCUCAUGGUGGAGACGGAGGGCAGGUUUCGCAACGAUAAUGGCACAAGCGCAGAGGGAAAUCUUGACAACAAGUGGUUCUAAGGGUAGUGUUGCUGGUGGACGGAGUCAGAAAAUGAAAAUGUUAGAUACAACAACAAGUGGUGGAGCGAUAAACUCAUACAAGAACAAAGCGACAACUCCCUUGGUGCCUGCGGUUAUGAAAGGGAGGAAGGUUCAGACCAACAGCACCGAGGAUUCUGACAAUAUCGCGAAAGCCGCGAAAAAUGCCAAGCUUGCGAAAUCAAGGCUAGGAAAAUCUUUGCCAUUAGAUUUGGGGGGUUUAUUUCAGAAGGGAGGUGUUCAACAAGAAAGAAGUAAAAACUGCGGCCACUUUGCGACACGACCAGAACAAGAACUCGAAGGAGUACGCGACGACCAUCGACGUGUAGGUGUUUUUUCUACAGCUUCAGCUUCAUCGUCUGCCUACACCUAUUCACAACUGUCUGCACCAAAGCUUGUUGAAACUUCGACGAUAACAGAAGACAAGAUUAGCGGAGUAGUGCAGUUCUCGGCAAAAUCCAUGUCUGCUUCAAGACCAGGAAGGAUUCUAGACACUUUAUGGAGGUUUCCUUGGCAGCGUUCUUUAGGUUUAAAAAAGGUCUUCUAUGAGACUACCGCAACACGGAGUCCCACUACUGGAGCAUGGGUGCUCUUAGAAGGAAGGUUUUUAGCGACUGCGUAGUCGUGAUGAUGGAACAAGUUUGACAUUUAAGAUCACCUUUGAAGGCGAGCGAACCAAGUAUACCUAAAGACCAAUGUUGCAUAACUGCUACAAUACAGAGAGUCUUUCUGAUGUAGCGGCAGCGAAGAUACGCUUUAAGAUAUUGAUGUUUUCGUUGUUUUGAAGAUAGUCCGAGAG